UGACGCAUUCACUCUGCACAACGGCUGGUGGUGACAUUUUAAAAUAAGUAGAACAAGAUACGGGAGGGAGGUAGUGGCUUUAAAUAAAUCAGGUUCUAAUCUGUUAUCUUCUGUAUAUAGGUAGCCAGUAAAAUAGGCGAUAUAAUAUGAUGUUAAGGAAGUCGGGCACGUAAAGAAAUCACACUUUAUAUCCAGGUACACGCCUGUUCAGUCCUGUUCACGCAGCAUUCCCCACUGCUGUAUGUUCUGAGACCAGGGAAGUGGUUGGUGGGUUGGGUACUCAAUUGAAAUGAAGAUGGCAGACACGGAGAAGCCGGAAGAGCUUGUGGAUCCCGAGACGCCGCCAGAGGGCCCUGUGGAGAGGGCAGCAGCCCAAGGAGUGGCGGAGGACGAGGCCCUGAAGCCCGAGACAUCCCCCUCGGAGAAGGAAGGCGACAGCCCCCUCCAGACAGACCCCGGCCUGCUGUCCUCCAUGCCCUGCCUCCUGAUGGAGCUCCGCAGGGACUCUCCCGAGUCCCAGCAGGCCUCCACCGAGAGCGAGAAGCCUAUGUCGGGCCCCGCCUACGAGAGCGACUCCUCCAACCCCUGCAUGCUCUCGCCUUCUUCCAGCGGCCACCUGGCCGACUCGGACACGCUCUCCUCGGGGGAAGAGAACGCGGGAGAGGGUGCGGGGGCGUCGGGCCCCGCCGAGGGAGGGGACCCGAGCGGGGGGGCGGGCGGCCAAGCGGCCGCGGGGGCCCGGAAAUCGCGGCGGUUGCGGUCGGAGAGCGAGAUGUCCACCAGCACCAUGGCGGCGAAAAAGAACCGCUGGCAGGCCGCCGCCGCCGCCGGGGGCGACAAGCAGAACGGCCGGCUGGCCAAGGUCAAGGGCCACCGCAGCCAGAAGCACAAGGAGCGGAUGCGCCUACUGAGGCAGAAGCGGGAAGCAGCCGCCAGGAAAAAGUACAACCUGCUGCAGGACAGCAGUACGAGCGACAGCGACCUGACUUGCGACUCCAGCACCAGCUCCUCGGACGAUGACGAGGAGGUGUCGGGGAGCAGCAAGACAAUCACUGCUGACAUCCCAGAUGGGCCUCCUGUAAUAGCACACUAUGACAUUUCUGACACUAAUUCUGAUCCCGAAGUAUUAAGUGUGGACAAUCUUCUUGCAGCUGCUGUAGCUCAGGAACUAAAAACUUUCAGACCCCAGGAUAUGGGAGCAAAUUCUUGGGGGAAAAAAGGGCAUCUUGGGUCAAGUUCCAUAACAGGUCACAUAGAAGCUGAACUUGCAACUGGCGAUCAACAGACCUGUGGUCCACUUCAGAUCAAAGAAGAAAUCAAUAUUGCUUCUUCAGACAGUGAAGUAGAAAUUGUGGGUGUGCAAGAAAAUUCAAGAUGCAUCCAUCCCAGGGGAGGUGUGAUUCAGAGCAUUUCAUCAUGGAAGCACGGGCCAGUUACACAGUACAACAGCACUAGGCAAUCUCACCUCUGGACAGCUGUUUCACCCCAACCCAACUGGGCGUCCCCACCAGAAGUGGUUGACCUUACUCUGGAUGAGGAUGCUAGACGCAAAUACUUACUGUGAGAACCAAUGCACUGAUUAGUCUUCUGAGGUGCACAAGUGAAAUCUUAGCUUCACCUUCAGAAGUUCUUCCCUGGUGUUAUGGAUUACUUGUGGACACUUCCUUUUUUGAGUGCAGUUUAUUUUUAACCUAAAUAUAGCAAUAUUAAUUUUUUUACCUCACUGACUUAGAGGUAUGUUUUUAAGUAGGCACUGUUUGUUAAGCUAGCUAAAAAGAGAGAAAUAUUAAAAUAGCUGCAUUUUAAAGACAGCAGGGCUUCUAAUGAGCUCGGUAACCUGUUUAGAGGACAUCUUUCCCCCAACCUGUGAGAUUUAAUUCUGUCUCACAUCCAAGUUGACAAUCAUGUUGGAGUAUUUUAGAAGUUCUUACACUAAUAGCUUGUGGCUGAUUCUCAGGCAGAAUAUUUCUUCCAUAACGUACAAAUUGCAGUCAGUUCUUGAAAGACAAACAUUGGAAUUCAUAGUAGACUUUAACAUAUCUUGUUUUAAUUUAUUAUACGUUGAUCGUCAGCUGUCAGUUUUUUCAUUGUCAUGCAGAAAUGAUCUAAGAAUGAGCAGAACAUAGUAUAUUAGUCCUAUAUUACAACACCAGAUUUGAUAAAGCUUGCCUUUAGCUGAAAAACAUUUCAUUGUUUUUUUAUAGAUAAACUUGCUCAACAUGUCACUGAAUAGGUUUCCUUUUCCUGGUGGUUUCUUUGGUAAAACAUAAAACUGAUGUCUCUGAAUCAUUGAAUGUAUGAACAUCCUAACAUGCUUGUUGAACUUUGAACUUACUGUAAGUAUAGCUGAUUGGAAACAAGUUGUCUUUAAAAUGUCAGCUUUAACAAUAAGAGGGAGAUCUUUCUUAUACUUCCCUGAAAGACCUCUUAACAAGAGAGAAGAUGCUGUAAAUUUCAUCAACCUUAUCCAUCUAAAGUUUACUUAGUGUCAUGGCCUGACUGCCUCAGAUUGUGCACUAUUUAUUGUUUCAGAAUCAUGUGUAUUCUGUUGUUAAAGUUUGACUUUUUUUUCUUUAGAAAACAUUUAAUAAUGAAUGAGCUUUUCUUGCGUGUAAUAUCAACAAAGAUGAAUCAGGAAAAUAUUAAUGUGGGGCUUCAAAAUAAGUAGAGUGCAUUGUUCUUGUGGCAUUUGGCGUCUACAUCAUUCAGUACUCUGCUUAAGAGUUUUCUCUAUUUUUACACCCAUUUAUACAGAACAUUUUAAAGGAAAAGAAGUUCUUCUAUCCUAAUUGUAGUGUAACAAGUUUAUUUUUGAAUCAAGUAUACUGAUUUGACUUCAAUACUAUUGUAUACUGUCUUUUGUUCAGAUAACAUUACUCUUUUGUCAUGCCUAAAAUAUAUGGAUUAAAAACUUUGAACCGUAUAGACAGACGAGUGUUUAAAUAUCCACAUUUUUGGUUGCAUAAAGGGAAUUCAUUAGCCCUCUGUAGUAAAAGUUAAACGUUUACCAAAGUAAUAUUUCCAGCUCCUACCAGCUAUGCUUUAAAAUUCAGAGACUAAUAUUCUAUAACCUUUUCAUUGUUUUUUUUCCAUAAGUGUGUCCUUGAAUACCAAAUAUUAAUUUAUGAAAAAUAAAAUUAAGUUAAAGUUUUGAGAUUAGGACUGCUCUAUUUAAAAAUAUGCUGGUCUUUUGACCUAGCUGUUUUCAUACUCUGCCUUGGACUGAGAUGUGUUCUUAGCAAGGGUUAUACUAUCUUGAAUGUGAAAACCACCUUUUUCCAAUAAGGUUUUAAAUACAGGGAACAGCAUCAUUAACAUUUUGUUCUUCAUAAUCUUACAGUGAUGUAAACUCAAAAGUUGAGGUAACAUCUACAGUUUUUUUUAUUGGGUCAAGUUUAACCACUGGAAGCAGCUAGCAGUUAUUGUUAUGUUAAUAGCUACGUAGACAUUUUAUCAUGCAUGGAAAGACUACAAUACCCGUCUGAUCUGAAUACAAUACCUGCAAUUUGGAACCACUUCCGGAUGCACCAGACUUGUUCAAGGAUGGUCAGGGAAGUGCCACUUAGCAAAUGCUUGUCACUGUCUUUGAUCUUGCUGAAAUUACUGUAAAAAUGUUAAUCCUGAUCUAAAUGUGAAAGGACCCCCCAGCACUGAGGUUAAUUGAUGGAAGGAGAGCGAGAGACUAAGCUGGGUAAUAACUUUCCCUAUUGUUUGUAUGGUGUGCUCUUCAGAUAUGAUAGUAUGAAUAAAUUGUAAGAAAUCAUAGGGAAAACAGAUGUUUUAGAUGCAGCAUGGUGCACAUACAGUGUAUACAGUUACAAUUUACUUUCUUACCUAUAAUUAAUACAUUGGUUUUCCUAAUGCUCAUUUCAUGAAAUCCUUGCUUAUUUUUACUUUCAGUAUUUAAUUAACUAAAACUGAGUGUUUUUUUCUUGCCUGUGCAAGUCCCUGACUUCCUUGAAAUUUUAAGUCUGUAGUAUAAAAGUAAACUAUUUUAAGAAAAAAAAUAAAUAGAGUGUAUUAUUUAAAGACGAAGUAUGUGUGGUCUGUUUUAAUUACUUUAAAAGCAUUCUUUCUUAAUUUGCGUAUUACACUUCAUGUUUCGGUUCUAGGCUUUACUUUGUUUCCUUGUAGUAUUUUAGAAACAAAAGCCACAAAUUUUAUGCAUUUUGUGAUGAACUUCCAAUUGCACUCUUCUCCCUAAAAUAUUUGAACUGGUCCACGUCUUAAGAUCUGCAGAGGUUUAAAGGCAAACUACAGUCUACCUAGUUUACUUAUUCCUAUAUUCCUCAAGUUUUCCAUACAAACACUACAGAAUUAAGGUGUACUCAUUGCAGAGUCAUAACACCUCUACCCUGUAUCAAUGAUUAGCAGAUGUUUCCAAAUGUUUCUCAUCAAAGGUGCCCUGGAAGGUCAAAUCAGAUUGAUUGUAAUGAGGUUCAGCAUCUAAUUAUUGGGAGUGUUCCUGUUCCCAGUCAGUAUGAUAAGCACUUAUAAUCCUAUGUUGGAUAUUAGAAGCAUAUGGAAUGUAUGUUUGAAAAAUGUUUGUUUACAGAUUAACAAUGUGUUUCUCUUGGAGUGAGAUGCAGUAUUAAAAUGGGAGAAACUAUCAUGAGUGGGAAUACUGUAUGUUCACUGUCAUAUUUAAGUGUUUAGAUUGCAGACAAGUAAAAUCAGUUUGAAGUCAAAACAAUUGUCUCAAUUUUUACUAGCUUAAAGGGUGUACCUCAGCCCAUAGGUCUGUCACAAGUGUAAUCAUAAGAGCCAUCAUUUCAUCAGCUUUUCCAAGACAUCACAGGAAAGGCAAAAAAUGCCUUGCUUCAACAAGUGUAGUCACUGCAUUUUGAUCCCCACUAAAAUUAGUCAAAUUAAAAUCUCCUUUCUGUGACUUGGGUGUCACAGUGGACAGUUCACAAAUAUUCCUCAAGUUACUAGUCUCUUUGCACACGAAGCAACAUGCUCUUAAAAAAUACAUGACAGAAAUUGACAAGACCCAGCAAGAAAAGGAACAGAAAUCAUGCAAAAAAAAUAAAGGAACAUAUGUGACACAUUGUCUCCGAGACAGGAGAGACAUUUGAUUGGAUGUUUGUCAACAGCAUCCCCAGUCAGUAUCUGAAAAGAAGGCAGAACCUACACUUCUUUCAGUGACCUACAUCCAUAUAAAGACCCUCUGCUGUGAGCUCAUCUGAGGAGCAGACAAGGUCAUGUCAUUGGGAGACCGUCACAACAUGUAUGUUAUACAUUGGAAGUGUUCUAAUAUUAUUGUACUGGGCAGAAAGAUUUCCGGGUAUCUAGAUAUAAUUUGUGUAAUGGUUCAAAAUCAAUAAAAUGGAUACAAAGUUUGUAAAGACAUCAAUGAAAAUCGCAUACAAGUAAAAGUUGUCUUUGUUAAAUUAUGCAAAAGAGCAAUAUGCAGGGUAUUACACAAAUUGUGAGCUUAUGCAUGCUGUUGUCCAUAUGCAUAGUAUUACUGUCAGUAAUAUAGUAUUGCUAUUUUCUUUUUUUCUCAACUUGCACUCCUGAUUUCACUUUUCUUAACUGGUGUGAUACAUCCAGUAUCAGUCUCCAAAUAUUCCAGAAAAGGUUAAAAAAUGUUAAGUGCAGCACCUUGAGAAAAAUGAUCAAAUUGUUAAAAAAAAGAUACCAAAUUCAGGAACUGAUUUGUGCAUCACACAUGCAUCUCAAUUUUAUGAUUUUAAGGUUAGUACAAUUCGAGAAAAGACAUUCAUUGUAGUAUUGUAUUGCAAUGUAAAAUGUGUGACCUAAGUAUUAAUUUUGAUGUCAAUUCUUCUCACUGUUCAACAGGGAAUGACGCUAAUAACAGAUAUAAUAAAUACUGCGAAACAUUAAAAACUAAACAAAC